CUAAAUUUUGCACCAUCUUUUGUGGGCUAGAUCAUGUUCCUUUUUUGGGUUGGCUUAAAAUAUUAUUUAGAUUUAUAUUUCAACCGUGCUAGUAUUGCAGAGAGCAUAGUCAGAGUAGUGGGAAGCAGAAGAUAAUGUCUAAUACUUGCCAAGACCCAUUUUGGUCCUCCUUUGAAAUUCCUGACAUUCCUUUUGCACUGCAAAUUCCACAAUCUCAAAAAAACAAAAGGGUGUCCAAAGUGAACCCCACGAGGUUGAAAUCUCAAUCCAUGCCCAUUCCCCACCCACUCAAUUGUCCUUAUACCAAAAAACCAUCAACAUCCAUGCAAUGCUAUACCCUCUUAAUUCAAAGAAUCCCACUUUGCCUUUCUUUAAAAACCAAAAGAAAAACAAAGGCAAAUAUGGUAGAUUAUGCAUAAACUUUCUUAUGAUCUAUCUUUGUUACGCUCCUUAUGGUCUUUUAAAAACAGGUCAAGUGGGUCGAUUUAUUAUCAGUGUGGCAAAGAGAGAGAGGAGACAAGUCUCUGACAUUCCUGUAUGUGUUUGAGGAAAAGACUUGAGAGAAAAUAGAUAAUUAAUCAAGUGGGUGUCUGCUAUUUCUGCAAAAGAAAAAUCAAGUGCCUGAGUCUGCUUCCUUUUCUUCAUUUUCAUCGAGUACCCAAGAUUUAGUGGUGAUUUUGUUCUGGGAUUUCGUCUGAAAAAAAAUACCACUUUGAUGCACUAGUAAACCCAUUUACAUUCUUGGAAACCCAAAACUCAUCACAAUAAAAGAAGGCUUUCCCAAGUCUCACAGAGAGUAGAGCUGUGAUUCUUUUUUUUUUUUUUUUUUUUUAAAAAAAUUAGAGAAAAGAGGAUGAAAAUUCUGCAGAAACUGGUUUGUUUCUGCAUCCAUGCAAGUUUUAUUUUUCUUGUUUUGCCAAUACUGGUCAGUUCAUCUCAAGAACAUGCGAAAAGUACAGGGGGUCAAACAAGCAAAAAUGAUAAUCCCCGAAAGCUGAGCCAUAAACUAAUGUUUGAAAUUACACUCCACGGUUUUCUGCUUUGGGCUUCAAUGGGGCUCUUGAUGCCUAUUGGGAUACUUACAAUCAGAAUGUCAAACAGAGCAGAAUGUGGAAGAAGACUCAAAAUCCUUUUCUAUAUCCAUGCUAUAUCACAGACGCUCUCUGUACUACUUGCAACGGCAGGAGCAGUAAUUUCCUUCAAAAACUUCAACAAUUCCUUCAACAACAAUCACCAAAGAAUUGGGGUAACCCUAUAUGGACUCAUAUGGUUGCAAGCCCUUAUUGGGUUCUCGAGGCCUUAUAGGGGAUCCAAAGCUAGGAGCAUAUGGUUUUUUGUGCAUUGGAUACUUGGAACUGGAGUAUCACUUUUGGGGAUUCUCAGCAUAUAUACAGGUUUACAAGCUUAUCAUGAAAAAACAUCAAGAAAGAUAAGCCUUUGGACUACCAUGUUCACUGCUGAGAUAUGUUUCAUUACUUUCUUUUAUCUGUUCCAAGACAAAUGGAUAUACAUACAAAAGCAAGGAGUAAUUUUGAGCAAUGAAUUAAUAAGGCCCACUGCAAUUAAUGAAGUGAUCUGCGCAAGUGAAAAGAAAAAAGAAUUUGCAACAGAGUCCUGUUGAAGAAAGCUGGUGGAAACUAAAUACUUAUUUUUCUGACAUGGAACUUUCCUUUUUUUAUUUUUUUAUUUUUCCUCUUGAAUUUUUCUCCAGUGGAAUAUAUAUUGGUUUUAGAUCUAAGGGUCACGCUGAAGAUUUCAUCCAAUAAGAUAAGUAAUGAAUGUUUUGCUGAUUUUCUUUUUUGUUUUCUCUUUUUCUGAACCGAACAACCAUUGUUUGAAAGUUUGUAUAUUGGAUUGUGAAGGGAAUUUUUAUCACCCCUAUGAGUUUCAGAUUGUAAAUUUGGAAAUAGUAAGGAAAAUUCAAGUAUGGGAAACCUAUGUUAUUUAUUUGGAGUACA